CAACCGCUCACCUGUUGCUUCAGUUGGUAAAACUGCGUGGCCGCCCCGGCCAGUCGAACCGUUUUCCCCCGCGAGCCGGUUGUAAUUUUCUUACUUUUCCAUCUGUUUUCCUCACCUUUUUCUUUUCGCAUCUUCUUGUUUAUUCGGUUCACCCUCUUUUAUGCCGACAACCACGCGAGUGCCAGUCCUGGAACCCGAAACAAAGAAGAAUCUCUGUGUGGAUUCGCCGAACGGAUUGGCAGUCAAGAGAGAAGAAAUUUUUCCAGUACGGUACAACUGGGCGUCAUGAUCCUCGGGGUGUUCUGGGGUGCCCUUCGCCUGGGCUUUCUCUCAGGGGUGUGAAAGUGGUGGCUCGACCGAAGGCCGCUCAAGAUUACAGCACCCUUGCCGAGGUGAAGUUCCUGGCAGAGCUGCCGGCUCCGCUGCCUUUCCCGCCGGAGAAGAAACUCUGCAAAAUCAAGUGCAUCGGCGGCCACUGGGUCGGGCCUCUCUGCCAGCAAGACUCAGGUGGUUCGCACGUAGGCAACUUGAAGAUCGAUUCACGUAUGUUGGAUGAAGGAAGUUCUCCGCGGUUCCAGCCGCUUCUCCGUGGUUGCCGCAUUGAAAGAAAACCUCUGCAUCUGGUCAUCACGUACAAAAACAUCACUAUUACGAUGACUAACGGCACAUUUCCGCACAAUUCCGUCCUCUAUGCCAGGUGCAGGGAGCCGCUGGGUCUUUACAAACUCUUGGGAGAGUCUCAGUUGACGUGCCAGAACGGGGUCUGGAGUUCGAAGUUGCCUUCUUGCAUCCCGACUACCGUUCUUACAAACUACACAGAGGAUUCGCCGCCGACAAUACUUGUCAGACUACCUUCCGGGUCGGCAUCUUCAGAGUCGACUGGUAUCCUAGCGGUUUUUCCUGGAUCGAUUCUUCACCUGGAGUGUUUGUUUUCAAGAAAAGUCGGAAAUCCAGAGUGGACGUGGACGUCUCCUUAUCGAAGCUAUCUAACAGGGUGGGCGAUAGCUCCUGAAGAGAGAGACUGGAAAUACAGGCUGUCGAUAUACUACACUAAACCCCAGGAUUCGGGGGUUUUCACCUGCGCAACGCCGAAAGGUGUCACCAACAGCCUCACCGUACUAGUCACAGAUGCUCAGUGUGAAAGGAUCGACCCUGACGCGAGCCGGUACCAGAAGAUGAAUCUCAGGAUCAGAUCCGAAGGUACAAAACUAGGACAGAGCGUCCAUUUUCACUGUCCGAUCGGCUUCCGGUUGAACGGGACCGCCAACCUAACGUGCAAAGCCAACGGCCGGUGGUCGGGUGCGGUGCCAAGGUGCGAGGCGAUCCUGUGUCCGAGGCUGAUUCCGGAAGACCCUCGGCUCAUCCUCUCCCCGCACAACACGACUUACGGCUCACGGGUUCUCUUCUCCUGCCCGUGGGGUUACAGGCUGGCCGGCUCCCCUGGGAUCGAGUGCCUGAUCGAUUCUCUCUGGUCGGCACCCCUACCGAAUUGCCAAGCUGUCCGGUGUCCGGCGCCGAGAGUUCCAGACAAAGGGAGACUUGUCGAAGAUGAAAACGGUGGUGAAUACGUUGUGGGAUCUGUUGUGCAGUUCUCAUGCGAAUCGAGACACUCGCUCGUCGGAGAAGGCAGCAUCGUAUGCACGGAUGCAGGCGUUUGGUCUCAUCCCGCUCCAAUCUGUAGAGCGCAUUGUGACUACCCGGGAGAGCCGGCGAACGGGAGGAUAAUCCCUUUGAAAUUUACCUACGAGCCGGGAGACAGAUUGAAAGUGACCUGCCACGCGGGAUUCGUAACGAGGCUCGAGGCGAAACCUGUCUGCAAAUCGGAUGGGACCUGGAGCCAACCGAUCCCAGAGUGCAGAAACUACAGGGACGUUUAAUCCUAAAGCCAAACCAUGUCCAAUAAGUGGAGAUUUAAAAAAAAACCUUUAUAAAGUGUAAAAUAUGGAGAGAAAUUGUAAUAAAAUAAUAUAUAUUUUGAAACUAGUUUACAAAGUAUGUGUGUAAAAAAUGGAUACAAAAUGUAUUUAUUCCGUUUAGUGUUGACAAUUCAAUUCCAAUUACACAGAAGACAUUUUAUUUAAUAUGUAAGAGCGAUCAAGAGUUUUUGUUUUGUCUUAAGUUGAAAUUAGAAUCUAUAAUCCUAUAAAAUAAUACAAUCAAUAAUGCUAGUAGAAAUUCCGUUUACAUCAAAAAUAAAUACGGCAUUACAAAUUCAUUAAAACAAUAUUGCACUUGAUUAUUUUUAGUAUCAACCAUCUAAAUAAUUUUUUAAGACGAAUCCAAAGAAGUCAAUUCAAAAUACAGUUAAGUCCCACUAAUCCGAACACGCGGAUAUAAAAUGUUUUGAUCUGAUUUUUUUAUUUAACAGAUUUAAAAGGAUAGUUAAAUUACUGUAGUUUUGCUACAUUUACUGCCGAUUCCUCGUAUUUAAUCCUGGCUAUCAUCGUUGUUCUGGUCUGUCUUCAAUGGUGGUCUUUAAGUACAAUUGUUAAAAACCAAGAAGGAGAAGCUAAAACGCAUGCGCCAGACCAAAACGGCAAGUAUAGAUGCAAAAUGAUCAGAAAGUACUGAACUACCCUAUCAAUCAAGUCCUGUUCUUUUAAAACUUCCAGCGUUUUUGGGUUUAAGCAAGAAUAUCAACCUUUUCUCCACUACGGCCUAUUUAUAGUAUGGAUGGAUACUUUACCGGAUGACCAUAACGUAGAAAGUGUGUUUUCCCCACAGAACUAAGCACUUUCCUCGGUUCCUCUUUAUCUGUGCACCUAUUUUGGUGUGUGAUUGCCUUAGCUAAGUUAACUAUAGGUGCCAGUUACUUACAUUCACAAAAAGUAUAUGCCGAUGUCUCUGGUUUCAAAGAUGGUAGUUAAUAGCGCAGUAGCUUAUAAUUUUCAUCAAAUCUUGCUUACUGAGGGAAUUACUUUGCCUUCAUUUUGAGAAAAUGCAUUUCCUAUCUUUCCUUAUACCUGGCGCUUUUGUCCAAUGCUUGAUUUUUUUCCCCAGGCCAUUUUAACAGCUGCAACUUUAGCACACUCUCUGGUGCGGGGGUUCUGAGUGAGAGUGUCCAGUGUGAGAGAACUCACCUCAAGGUAACUUUGCUAUGCUUUCUUAGGACAAUUGGGCAACAUAGACAUUCUCAGACUAGUUUUAAUCUAAAAGCAUACGCGUUUAGUGUCUAGCCCGAAAAAAUGUAAAUCCUUGUACAUUUGAUUUUGUUCUUUACCAACUCCUCUGCACAGAGUCGGAUUGCAUGGACCCCAACUUGCAAGAUAGUUGGAAACAGACCAGGAAUUUUGCUCGUUUUCUAGGAUGUGAUUCGACCCUUUUAUCACUACACCUACUCCCUGUUUUAUCUUUCAUCCUGAAACUUGAGGUUGCCUUUCAACCAAAUACACGACCUCUUGGAAAGGUCGAUCAAAGUUAAGUUUUUUCCCAUUUUUCCAGGUACUACUUGUAAACACCAUUUCAUUUAUAUUAAGUAUCUCAGAGUUUCAUUAUGACUCCUCCAAUUUGGUUUUAUUUAUUUUUAUCUCAGGAGCCUGUUGGCACGUUCGAAAGCCAACUUUUGCACACGAACUUGAAAGGGUUGUAAAUCGAGUGAUGAUUGCUGUUGUAGAGUAUGCAUCACUCCAGUUUAGGUAAGAAUCACUAAUUCUUGAACUCAGUUUGUUUUUGGUCAUCAAGAUAAAGCUCUAUAUGUGACCAGGAUCGUUGGAUGUAUAACCUAUAUGCAAUCUUUGUCUAUUCCCAGUGCUUCACAAUCUGUGGCCAGUAUGUCUAUACGACUUCUCCACUUGCGCCUAUGGUCAAUGGUUGUACCGAGGUUCAUAGUUUCUUUAGAAUAGGUUAUAGCUUCUUCUUUUAAAUUGGGAGUCUUUAAGUUUAGCUUCCUUCUCCUUACGAAGGUUAUGAGGAGUAUUUUACCCAUUUUCUUAAACCACCUUUCUAUAAAAUAUAGGGGAUUUUGCAUUGGAUUCGACAGUGUGUAUCAAAUUAAUAGUUUAUGAUGAUUACCAGGUCAACUGCACAUACCCUAUGGUAUGGUAUAGCUCUGUGGUUAGAUCAUUAACUGCUAGCGUCCAUAGAAUUGGCGAUAGUUAUUGGGUUGUCCGGAAAAUAAUGCAGGA